ACAGCAUUCGAAAGUUCCGGUUGGAAUGAAAUCGUGCAGUUGCAGAAUUUGCUAGCCACCAUAGGAGCCACAAUGGCGGUUGUCUUCUUCUUGCAGGGCUGUGGAUGUUACUAAAUCCACUAUCAUCGCCCUAAAGAUAGGCCUGGUUGAUUCCCAGAGCCAUUGAUAAUAAACUGGAACAUCUACUGCACACGAAUAUACUAUAAUUUCAGAUCAAUAUAGAAUUUAUAAUAGAAAAAAAUAUAUUAAAGGGAACAUGUAAACAGCACCAACCGGGUCAAGUUUUCAUUUUGUUCGUGAAACAACAUCGCCUUUUAAUGACGGCCUCUACUUGUUUCCGAACUCUAGAGCCGUAAAUCUAUGGAACAGUAACACCUUUACUAAGUUUGGCACCGGACAAGGGAAUCUUAAACAAAAGGGACUUCUUUUUUCCUUUGUUUUUUUCCUUACGAAACAGCAUGCUAGCUAAGCAGCAAUAGCUGGCUAGCUAAGUUAGCUGGCUAGCUAAAUAGAAACGGAGACGAGAGCACACGGCUCCGAUUUAUUGUUUGGGCCUUUUUCAGCCACUUACCCCGACUAGCCAGCUACAUGCUCAUGCGUUUUUGGCACUGGCUACCUACUUCGGUAUUUUUCUGCUUUGACACACCAUGCUGGCGACCUGAUUGGAAUGCACUUGGAUAAUGCAAAAGGACUAAACAGGCCCACGUUCAGGAGAGGGACCGCCGCUGACGUGAGGAAUGCCUGGGUCGGAUCGACACCAUGGGACCAAGAGGAAGCCGGAAUCAAGCACUAACGCAGCCCUGCAGCCUCCAACAACUAGCGGCAACAGCGGGCUACACCAGUCCCAGGUCCCGCUUCAUACCUCUACGGGAAACAUGACGAGCAAGGACGGUAAACUUCAGUCGAAAUCGUCAAUGUCAUCUUCAUCUUCGAGGCGUAAACGACAUAAAUCAGCCAAACAUGGUCGCGAAUCUUCGGUGGCUCAAGGCCCUGUAGUUUCUACCCUUAGCUCGACGUCGCCUCCUACUGUCAACGUCGUGAAACCACUGGUAGAAUAUGAUGAUAUCAGUUCCGAUUCGGAUACGUUUUCGGACCCCCCCUCUGCAAAGCUUUCUGAACGAGGUGCAGGAGAGCGAUUAGAUCCUACCAUAGAGUACGCCAAGGGCGAUGGGGGCGGGGCCGUUAGUGGAAGAGAUAGUAGGAAGCAUCGGCACUCCCGCAAAAAGUCAAAGGACCCAAGUAAAGUUAGAGAGCCUGGGGAUGGGCCGCGGAAUUACAAGAAGAAAAAUAGUAAGGACCGCGACAAAGGGAGUUCUGGGAAGAACAAGGAAAAGGUGGCCUCUGUUGCAUCUGUAGCCUCAGGGUCCCGGCGCCAGGGUCAGCUGGAAGCCGACCCUGGGCCAAAGCGUGGGGAGUUGCCCCCAGCCACUCACGUCCAACCUGCAGCCAGCGUGGGAAGCUCCACGUCCUCCUCCUCCUCUUCCCGCAGCAAGGAGAGAGGCCGCUCAGGGAAAUCCCGCAAAGACAAACAGCAGAGGCGAGAGGAGAGGGGGGAGGCCAGCCGCGGCUCCUCCCUCAAGGACCGGCCAGAGAAGAACCACCGCAAGUCCUCCAAGGGCCACAAGUCCAGCCCCAAGGGCAAGGCCUCGAGCCGAGGCAGCCCUCGCAGGAAGGGAACAGCCUCCGCUCAGUCUCCCAGUCCCAGGAGAGGGGCUGCCAGUGAAAGCCCCCUGAGCAGCCGCUAUGGCCAAGAGGGGGAGGACAGCUACCAUCACAGACGCCGGCCGGCCCAGCAGAGCCCCAGCCCCUAUAGGGACCUGCCUCGGAGGAGCAGGCAGAGGUCCUCCAGCUACGAGAGGGACAGCAGCCCUUACUCCAGGAGACGGUCCCUCAGCCCGUACGACAACCGCCGCUCGUCCAGCACCAGCCCCAUGUCCCGGCGCUCAGCUCGCUCCAGGAGCCGCUCCCCUCUGCCGUUCUCCUCCUCCCGCCGCUCGUCCUCCCGCUCCCGCGGCAACAAGCACUCGUCUGCGGGGGGCGGGAUGGGCGGGGGGUUGCACAGCAGCCGGCCCGCCAGCCCCUCACCCCCGGCCUCCCGCCUGCCUCUCAACUCCAGCUUGGGGGCGGAGCUCAGCCGCCGGAAGAAGGAGCGCCAGGCCGCGGUGGCUGCCGCCAAAGGCCCCUCCCCUCCCCAUCUGAGCAGGACCACAGGCCCCUCCUCACGGGCCCCCAAGGCCGAGGCCAGCCCUCCGGAGAGGGACUCGGCCGCGGCCGUGGACUCCCAGCCCGCCCCCACGCCGCCCGUGCUCCAGGACGCUGCCGUUAGCGAAGAGCCGGGCGCCGCUCCUCCUUCCUCCUUCUCGUCCCCCGCGCCCCCUCUGCCUCCCAGCCAGGCUGUCACACAUCCCCCUCCCCCUGCACCUGCCGCCCCUGCCCCCGAGGCCAACCUUCUCCCCCCCACAGCCCUCUCCUCCCACGCCUCCCAGCCCAAAUCUCCCGCCCCUGUCCCCACACGCAGCCCAGCGCGCCCCACGCCCCUCCACAAGACCUCCACCCUGCCGCCCCUACCUCUGCCCCCCAUGCUGCUGGGAGACUUUCAGGACAGUCCAAAGAAGUCCACCCCUCCUCAGAGGUCGUCCCGGAAGGAGAAGGAUGUCCGGGGGCGGCCGUCACUCAUCGACCUGCCUCUCCCCCCCAUGCUUUCAGGGGGAGACCCCUCGCCCCCUCAGUCCCCCGUCCAGCGGUCCUCCGCCACCCCCCCGACCACCCUGAAGAAGAGACCAAAGCUUAUCUGUGCCCCCCUCUCCAGGUUCUGCUGCCCGCGCUACGGCGAGAGGAAACAGACCCAGAGCGACUGGGGCAAGCGCUGCGUGGACAAGUUCGACAUCAUCGGCAUCAUCGGGGAGGGCACCUACGGCCAGGUUUACAAGGCCAAGGACAAAGACACUGGCGAGCUGGUGGCUCUGAAGAAGGUCCGCCUGGACAACGAGAAGGAGGGCUUCCCCAUCACGGCCAUCCGGGAGAUCAAGAUCCUGCGGCAGCUCAACCACCGCAGCGUAGUCAACAUGAAGGAGAUCGUCACCGACAAGCAGGAUGCCCUCGACUUCAAAAAGGACAAAGGGGCGUUCUACCUGGUGUUUGAGUACAUGGACCAUGACCUGAUGGGCUUGUUGGAGUCGGGCCUGGUGCAGUUCUCCCAGGAGCACGUGCGCAGCUUCAUGCGCCAGCUCAUGGAGGGCCUGGACUACUGCCACAAGAAGAACUUCCUGCACAGAGACAUCAAGUGCUCCAACAUCCUGCUCAACAACAGCGGUCAGAUCAAACUAGCUGACUUUGGUUUGGCCCGCCUCUACAACUCCGAGGAAAGUCGGCCGUACACUAAUAAAGUCAUCACUCUGUGGUACCGCCCCCCCGAGCUGCUCCUAGGAGAGGAGAGGUACUCUCCAGCCAUCGAUGUCUGGAGUUGUGGGUGUAUUCUGGGAGAACUCUUCACCAAGAAGCCCAUCUUCCAGGCCAACCAGGAGCUCCUGCAGCUGGAGCUGAUCAGCCGUCUGUGUGGGAGCCCCUGCCCGGCCGCCUGGCCCGACGUCAUCAAGCUGCCCUACUUCAACACCAUGAAACCCAAGAAGCAGUACCGCCGAAGACUGCGGGAGGAGUUUGCCUUCCUGCCCGCUCAGGCUCUGGACCUGCUGGACCGCAUGCUGACCCUGGACCCGGCACGGCGAUGCUCCUCAGAGCAGGCCCUCAGCAGUGACUUCCUGUGCAACGUGGAGCCCAGCAAGAUGCCCCCGCCCGAUCUUCCUCACUGGCAGGACUGCCACGAGCUGUGGAGUAAGAAGAGGCGUCGCCAGCGUCAGAGCGGGCUGCCCGAGGACGUGCCUGUGCCCAAAGUGCCCCGGAAGGACCCCACGGGGGCCUCCGGCGGAGAGAACAGUCGGCCCCAGGCCAGCCCCGCCGGAGCCCCGCCUCCACCUCCCGGACGCCCGCCCUCCGCUGCCAUCUCAGCCAAUGAACUCGCAGGGCUGGGAGCUGCAGCUGACCAGCUGAACCAGACAGAGCUGGCCCUGCUACUGAACCUGCUGCAGAGACAGACAGACCUGAGCGUGCCCCAGAUGGCCCAGCUCCUGGGCUCCUCCAGCCAGCCACAGCUGGAGGGCUUGAGUCGGCCCCCGGCCCCGGCCAGCGAGGCCUCCCGCCACCAGAGGGCCUCCGAGGACCAGGGGCAAACCAGGCCGGCCUCCCAGCCCCCAGAGCCCCCCCCCGAGCCCCGGGGGCUGUCCCCAGCCCCUGGAGACCCGCCUCUUAGCCAGGAAGACCAGGCUAGCUUGCUGGCCCUCCUAUUGGGCCAGUUAAUCAAGCCACAGGCUGAAGGGGCGGAGCAAGGGGAUGAAACCAAUGGUGUCCAAUCAGAAGAGGCGAUGACCCGUGGUCCCUCUGCCUCCAGUGCUGAUCGCAAGGAUGGUGCUGUGACAAAGCGAAAAGCCGUCGGGGCAAACCAACCCCCCCCGUCUUCAGAACGCCGCCCCCCCUCCCCCCCAGGACCUCCCCCUUCGGCCCAGCCCCCACCUAGCGUCCAGCCCCCCAGCUCCGAGGCCCAGCCCGGCCAGGACAUCAACCCGGCCGUAGCAGCAGCCCUGCUGCAGCUCAUCUCCAAGCAGGACCCCGAGGCUGGCGGCCCCCCCCAGCCCAGCAAGGGCCCUUCCCCUGCCGUGGGCACCCCCAUCAGGGGACAGCCGCCCCCCGCCUGGGGGGCAGACAGCCCUCCUAAACCCUCGCCUGGUUGCGAGGCCCCUGCAGGACUGGCCUCCGCCACCGCCGCCCCUGCGGCCGCAGCACAGUUCCCCAAGGACCAGGACCUCCGUUUUGCCCAUGGAGCUGGUCGCUGACCGCUGUGGCGUCACGGGGCCUGGGCAGCAGGGGGCCUGGGCAGCAGGGGGCCUGGGCAGCAGGGGGCCUGGGCAGCAGGGGGCCUGGGCUGCGACGGACACCAGUGAUGAAAAGGAUGUGGACUCAGUCUCUCACGAGGUGGGAACAACUGCUUUGCCGAGUCCGGGCCGGCCGUAAUGAUCUGACAGCAGCUCGCGGGAGGCAGUCUUAGAUCUGGGUGGUGUUUGUGGACUGGUGGCGGUGCUGACUCGCAUCGCCGACCUUGCCUUCUUUCCUUCCUCCCUCAUAGUGCUGGCCGAUCCUUGGUCCAGCUUCCACACAUGGAAUGUGAUUUCGCUGUCGAUCGAUUCUUUUCGUUUUUUUGUUUUUUUUCCGAGUAAAUCUAAUGAUUGUCAAGUGUUUACUGCCGCGCCCACUACUGACAAGGCUGUGAGCCUGUGUGUUUUGGAGUCUGGUGACGUCAGGGGCUACCUGCAGGUAGGCUGGUGACGUCAGGGGCUACCUGCAGGUAGGCUGGUGACGUCAGGGGCUACCUGCAGGUAGGCUGGUGACGUCAGGGGCUACCUGCAGGUAGGCUGGUGACGUCAGGGGCUACCUGCAGGUAGGCUGGUGACGUCAGGGGCUACCUGCAGGUAGGCUGGUGACGUCAGGGGCUACCUGCAGGUAGGCUGGUGUGGGUAGUGUUUGUGACCAUCCAGGUUUACACAGCUGGUGUGCGUGCGGUGGUGAACGGAGGUGGGCUUGGAUCCUCAUCAGGAAAUGUGCAGGUACAGUCCUAAACACUGGGGAGCAGAAUGAGUUGACUGUUCUGCCAGCGAUGCUCCCGAUCUUCAACUUUGCCUCCUCUGUGACCUUAGAGACCCCUGAAUGACCUUUGCCCCCCCCCCAGAUAAGUGCUUUGUUUGUUUUGUUUGUUUACCUCUGUUCUAGAAGGCUCAUGCAGAGAAGACAAAAGAUGACAGAAAUAUACAAUUGCCCUUUUCAUUUGUCCUUAUCUCGAGACAAAAGUGCUGAAGAUGGUCUUUUGUCUCCCUCGUUGGUCCGUCACCCCCUCAUAUAGCACUGCUUCAUGGCGUUGAACCUGCAGAGGUGGACAGGUCCACUGACAGCACACACCGACUCUGUAGUAACAGCUUUAUGUGCCUGUAGCCUUCAUGCUCCCCCUCAUUACUCACACUGCAGAGCCACUACGGUUAAGGACACCUCUCUCUCUCUCUCUCUCUCUCUCUCUCUGAUAGCUCCAUGCUUUCUCUUCGACCUCACCAACCCUGUCAAGUCACUCUUUCCCAGCUACACGGCGACCUGUCCGUGGCCCCUCAGCCAGGACGGCUGUGGAGCUUCUCCUGACGCUCUCUGAAAGCCUGCUGAGCUGUCUGCCCUCUGGCCCUCUGCCCCCCACUCCCCUCCCCCCCCCUCUUCCCUGAUCAACUGUGCAGCAAAAGCUUUUUGUGUGAUUCUUUUUUACUUACAAGUUCCAUGCAGAAAUAAUGGUCCAUGGUUUCGUUUUUGUUUUGAUUUGUGAAGGGGCAAUGGGGAUGAACUCAUCUGGUGUCAAGUGACUGUAAAAAAUGAUAUUUUGUAAUAUGUGUUUUUUUCGGUUAAGUUUAAUAAAAGGAAAUCAUGUGACCAAUUAAAA